CAAAACAUAACAUAUUUACUAAUUGUAAAUCAGUUAUCUGAAUAGUUAUAUUUUUAAAUUAUAUUAAUAAAUUAAUAUAUUUAUUAUGUAUUUAGUGAAGCAUAGAAAUUCUCACAGCGUGUUUGCUUGCCGCGGAUGUUUGGCUACGGAUGUUAAAUUAUUCAAUAUGUUUGAUUGUGAAAAUAAGCUUUUCGAGCACUUUGGGAGAUUUCUCGGAGUUCCGAUACUAGCAGGUGAUGGCUACCCACAUCAUCUCUGCAGCACCUGUGCUGUUUACCUGCAGAAGUUCAUAGCGUUUAGGAACAUCUGCGUAAAAGCUCAGAACAUGCUGGAAGAGGCUGAAGUGCGUGGAAUACAGAUAACAACAUCAUAUAUACGCAAAAUGGAUCGCGACAAGCACAUGCACUUUUCAUUUGUUAAAAAACAAUUAUUUAACAUCAGUCUAACAAAUUCUAAUGUAAUUGAUGAGGAAUUCAUAGAUACAUUUGAUAACCAUGAGGCUAUAGAUUUUAAUGCAGACAAUAUGAACUGUACAGUUAUAAAAGAGGAAAAUAUCAAUUAUGAUUACAAUAACGAUGCAACAGAAUUCGUUACGGCUGAUAAUAAGAUCAUAGACUCUAAUUUUAGUAACGUAAAUGAUACAAAUAAUAAAGAUCAUUCUGUAAAUUCACCUAUAUCUAAUGAUAUAUUAGUAAAUAAUGAUGUAGCUAACGGAAUGACUACAAUAUAUUUAAAAACUGAAGAUGAUAACGAUUUAAAAGACGAAAAACAACAAAUUGAAUCUAAAAAGAAAAGAACAGUUAAAAGAAAAAAGCAAUUCAUAGAUAAUUACUUAAACGAAGCUAAACCAACACAAAUAGGCAAAAAGAAGAAAGUACUUAAAAGGACAACGCCUGAUAAAACAAAAGAAGAAAAAAGGAGAGGAAAGUGUAAAAAGAGAAAUGUAAUUGAUAUAACAAAAGAAUUCGCAGAACAAAACAAUUUCGAUCUUACAAUAUACACUCGUGAGGAGCAAUUAGAAGAAGUUAAAGUAUUAAAGGAAACUCCUACAGAUAAAAUACAGUGUGAACACUGUGGUUUGAAUUUCAAAUAUAAACAUACGUUUUUAAAUCAUUUCCGAAGCAAACACGACCCGUCGUUAGGUGACUAUGUGUGUACAAUAUGCAAUGUUCGUUUUAGGCAGUUGAGAUAUCUGUACAAGCAUAAACUACACGUGCAUUUAUUCAAAUAUGAGUGCAGAGUAUGUAAAUUCAGUACAAAAGCUCGGGGCACAGCAGAAGCGCAUGCAGCUUUCCAUGCAGGGAAGACUUUUGCAUGCGAAUGUGGCAGAAUAUUCAAGCAUAACUCUAGUUAUUUGUCUCAUAAACGUUUAACUCAUACAUCGAAGUUAACGAUUUGUGAGUUCUGUGGCGAAUCUUUUAUUGGUGAUUGGGGUUUGGUGGUACAUAAGCAAAAGAUACAUAGCGAUGUUAUAGAAGCUUGUAUGUUUGUCUGUGGCAAAUGUGAUGCGAAAUUCAAAACCGAUGAUGCUCUAGUAAAACAUGAGGGUUUAAACUGUGGUGGAUACAAUUGUGUGCACUGUGGUGAUGUUUUUACGACAGAAAAGGUGUUAAGAUACCAUUUAGUUCAGUAUCAUAAUAAUAGAAGUAACUCUGAAGAGUUUGAAUGUGAGGUAUGUAGAAUUAAGUUUCAUAAUAAGACGGCUCGGGAGAGACACUCAAUUGGCCGUUGUCUGGACGUGGUACCGUGUGUACAGUGUGGCGAAGGAUUUCCAACAGAACAACAGAUGAAUGAGCAUCUGAACGUGCAUUCAACUGAGGAAUUUAAGUGUGAAGUCUGUAAAAAGAUCUUCAAGUCAGCCUUCUACUUUGCUGAUCAUUACGCCAGACAUGGAAGAGAGCAGGGUAAGAACUCUGGACGUGGCAGAAGGAGGGGAUUCCAAAUCCUGCCAAGUGUAAGAAAAGGGCAGAGUAUUGAUAAGAAGAGAGUCAUGUGUGAAGUCUGUGGACAACUGUGUUUGGAGACGGGAUAUUCAGUGCAUCUUAAAAUCCAUUCAGAUGAGAAAGAUUAUGCGUGCUCGAUGUGCUCCAAACGAUUCAGAGCGUUAUUACCACUAGAGAUACACAUGAGAGUGCAUACAAACGAGCGGCCGUACGAAUGUGACCACUGUCAGAAGAAAUUUAAAUCGCGAGGUGCUCUCUGCAGACAUAUUAAAACUGUCCAUCUCGCAUUACGGCCACAUCAAUGUCAUUUGUGCCAGAAAUUCUAUAAAACAUCCACAUGCGUGAAAAUGCACAUUAAGACCGUACACAUGAAGUUUCCUAUGCCUCCACGGAUAAGAAAACCUCGACAGUUAACUGAGAAAAGCGCGGGAAACGAAAAUUAGUUUUUUUUUAAUUGUUAUAAAUGUCAAAGUGAUUAAUGCAAAGAGCGGUAAAUUUUGUUGACUCGAAAUAUUAUUUAUUGAUGUUAUUUGUUUUUUUUAAUGUCAAAUAUCUUAUAUUUAUUUACUUAUACUUAGUUUGCAGUAAUUAAAUCCAUACUGUAUCAAUUGUUAAAUUUAAACAUACAGUUAUAUUUUGAAUAUUGAAGAGUUAUAGACCGUUUUGUCUCCUUCAUUAGUUUUAAAUUAUAUUAUUAUAUCGCCAACAAUUUUAUUAGCUUUUGUUUGAGACAAAUGAAGAUGACGAUUAUUAUUAUUAAUAACGAAAAUAUCAUUUUCAAGAAUUCCAAAUAAAAAUCAGUAUUAUUAGAAAUGAUGAACGAAAACCUUUACCUAACUUAUUCUUUACAUAUUUAUAUUUCUUAACAUUUUAAUGUUAAUGUACACAUUGUUUAAAAAUUUUAAAUUAAUAAAUAAAC